AUGAAAGAGUUUGAACAACAUAUUGUUGAUGUUAGUAAACAACUUGGAUGUUCCUUUGCGGAUGACGAAUUAGUGCUGGAACAAUGGACAACCGAAAAUAGAUUUGAAUUUCUGUAUCGAUGUCUGUGGAAGAUUGACCCAGAAUUUCAAGGCACACUAUCGUCUUGGAAAUUCCCGGAAAACAUUGCUGGCAGAUUCACAAAAGCUACCAAUUUGGCAAAUGCUAUUAAGGAGGCCGGGGUUCGGCGUGAAUUCGGCCAUCAAACUUUAUUAUAUGGUGGACUGACCGACGUGGUUCCCCUUUUCUUGGACUUAAUUGAAAGAAUUCCGAAAAAUGAAGCUUUUUUGGAUGUGAUAACUAGUUAUCGGGAUCAAAAGCUUGCUCAAGCCUGUGCAAAUAUCCGCCCAAGUUGGGUCCCAGAAUUUUGCCGAAGGCUGAUGAUGAGCUUUGAUGGGCGAUAUUGGUAUCCAAAGGAGGGAUUCCCAGAAUAUGUCAGUCCGUUCCAAGCUGUCGAUUAUUGGAAAGCUAUUGAAUCAGGUGGUGAUAGUCGAGAAUGGGUUGCUGCUUUAAUCAGGGUCGGAGGCCUAGAUGGUCAUUCCGGAAAAUUGGUAAAUCUACAAGCAACAACUUCUAGCGGGCCUCCGAUUGCCGCUAAGCCAAAAUUGAAACCUACGCCCCCUCCGAAACCAAAAAUUGACACUCACGGAGCCGAAACCGAAGCAAGACUGACGCAGAAGAAAAAGCAACUAGAACAACUAAGAUCGGAGCUUGAUGAUAUCAAAAUGAACAUUGUCCAGGGCAAAUGUGAAUCCAUGCUAAUCGAGGACAAAAUGGAACCGUUAAAAGCAGCGAUGGCCGAGCAGGACGAACGAUGGGUAACGCUAUUGGAGAAUCCAGUUGACGGACAAGCAAAAUUACAGAAAGCACUCGACGACAGUGAGGCUCGCUCCCAGAAGCUUGAAAACAAAUGGAAAAUUACUAGAGACGAAAAAUUAGCGGUACUUGAAGAACUGAAACAACGGAGCGAGAAUUCGGCAGAAAUCGAAAGAUUAUGUGCAAAAACCAAGGAAGCAAUUACAAAACGCGAACAGCUUCUGGAAGAUUCGGAUGUGCGUCAAGCGUAUUUGAUUCGAUUGCAAAAACGCUUGGAAAAGCUGGAAAGUGACGAUUGUGAUCGGAUGGUAUUUACAAGGCGAAUCACAGAAAUUGUCAACAAUAUAAGAAAACAGCAAGAAGAUAUAGAAAAGGUGAAAAAAGACAUCACCGGCUUGCAUAAGGAAAUUCGAUGGUUGCAAUUGACGAUUAAUCGAUCCUUUGAUUUGAUCGAGGAGCCGUUAUUCCAGGAAACGCCAAACUCGAUGAAAGGGGAGCGAAUAUAUAAAAACUUCAAUAAAAUUCACAAGACUUGCAAUAAGGCAAUGGAAUGUUUACGAAAACAGAGCAAGAUUGCCCGUAUUAUUGAACAUCUUACGGAUAGGGUAGAAAUCGGGCGUCAAAGUACGGUGGACUCUCAAUUGGAACAGGUUCUCGCCGAUCUCGAACAGGUGGAAAAAGAGAGAGAACAGCUCUCAGCGUUUGCUGGUAGCCAGGGGUCAACUGGCCAA